AUUAAAAGAUCCCCGGAGCAAUAAAAUCACUCUCACGUGGUGUUACACGAAUAAGUUGUGCGCGGAGGAUGUGCCCCGCCGCGUUUAUACUCGGGACCAGCGGCGUAUACAUGAUGGUGUACAUGAAGCUGUAACAGCAAAAAUACCACAACUCAUGUUUGAAUAUAACAUUUAUAGACAGUUGGGAGCAACGGAGCAAAGCCGUCGUGACGAUUUGGAAUCAUUGGGUCAUAUGUACAUGUACUUGGCACGAGGUUCUUUGCCUUGGCAAGGGCUUAAAGUACAAAACGCAAAAGAGCGAUUUCAGAAAAUCGGCGAAAUGAAAAAAAAUACACCAAUUGAUAGCCUUUGCGAGGGUUACCCUGAAAUGGCAGAAUACAUGCAAUACGUCAGACAUCUUGAAUUUUACGAGGAACCCAAUUAUAGACUUCUCCGACAUAUUUUUACCACUGCCCUUCAUAAAAACGGAUUUGAAGACGAUCAAAUAUUCGAUUGGAUUGAAAAAUAAAAAUGGUGCUACUAACUUAUUUCUUUUUUAUAUAAACAGUAAAAAAAAUAUCGUAAUUCAUUUUAAUUGUAAGCCCUAUCAUUUUUCAAACAAAAAUUAAAUUAUCACAAACAUAAUAUUAUACAACUAUAAUACAUUUUUUAUUUUACUUGCAAUAUUUGCGUGGAAAGAAGAAUCUACCUGUUAACUGCAAAAAUUACUAGUGCUAUACAAUGAAAUAAUUUAAUUUAAUCUGUAGACGAUAAAUAUAAAAUAUAAUUUAUGCAUUCAUGAAAA